GUCAAACGUCGUCGUUUUCAGGUCAUCCUCUAUUCCUAAUCAUCUGCUUUCGCCUGCGUGACUGUUCUAGGGUUUCUCUUUCUCUCUCUCCGCCGCGUUCUCCUCUCUCUCUCUCACACACAAUCUCAGCUUCUCCUUUCCCUCCUCCCAAAACCUCUACGUCUUUGCAGAUAUUCCCUUAAACAGAUGAGUAGUGUAUUCAGCGAAGAGAUCCUAAUCGAUAAGCUCGCGAAGCUCAACAGCACUCAACAGUCCAUCGAAACGUUAUCGCAUUGGUGUAUAUUCAAUCGGGUCAAAGCUGAAUUGAUCGUGACGACAUGGGAGAAACAGUUUCACAGCACGGAGAUGGCUCAGAAAGUGCCUCUCUUGUAUUUGGCUAAUGAUAUUCUUCAGAACAGUAAGCGUCAGGGCAACGAGUUCGUGGACGAGUUCUGGAAUGUUCUCCCCAAGGCGGUCAAAGACAUUGCUGUUUCUCAGGGUGAUGAUCGUGGCAAAGGCGUUGUCUCCCGUCUGGUCAAGAUAUGGGAAGAAAGAAAAGUGUUUGGAUCACGUUCUAAGAAUCUUAGAGACGCGAUGCUUGGUGAAGAUUGCCCUCUCCCACUUGAUGUCACCAAGAAGCGAUCCCGUGGAUCCAAAUCCUCUAAACGUGAUUCAAAGUCGUCCAGAACGAAACUAUCAAGUGGAGGUGUAGCUGAGAAGAUAGCAUCAGCAUAUCAUUUGGUUGUUGCUGAAAACUCAAAUGAAGAAGCUGAGAUGAGUAAAUGCAAGUCUGCUGUUAAACGAAUCAGGAAGAUGGAAAAAGAUGUUGAAGAAGCUUUCUCUACUGUGAAAGACAACCCGAAGAGAAAAUCACUGGCGAAACAACUGGAAGAGGAAGAAUACCUUUUGAGACAAUGUAUUGAGAAACUCAAAUCCGUUCAAGGAAGUAGAACCUCCCUUGUAAACCAGCUCAAAGACGCACUACGCGAACAGGAAUCUGAACUGAAGAAUCUUGAAGCUCAGAUUCAGGUAGCACAAGAACAAACAGAGGAAGCUCAAAACAUGCAGAAACGUCUCAAAGAUGAAGAUUAUGCACCAAAACCAACAACCGUUGCUGCUCCGGGCUCAGUCUCUGCAACUGAUAACAACAACAACAGCACCAAGUCUGGUCAAGCAUCAAAAAUGACGCCUGCUUCUAUAGCUGCGAUGCUCACAGCAUCUACCUCAUCGCAUAUGAUCAUGCAAUCUGUUCUAUCUUCAUUUGCAGCUGAAGCUACAAAGACUUCUGGUCUAUCCAAAUCAGAGAGCACAGUUCCCGUUUCAGACACUAAUGCUUUUGCUCCUCCUUACAACAACCCCCAGAACCAGACACCCACAGCACAAGGUCAAGUUCAAGUUCAAGGUCAGUACCAUUUGAUCUCUAAUCCAGCAGCACCACCACCACCAUUACCACCGCAGUUUCUAAAACAGCCGGUAAUGAACAAUCCUUAUGGGUUUGGUAACAUUCCGUUAAUGCCACCUGGACUUCCGCCGCCUCCACCACCACCUCAUAUGCAACAGCCUCAGAUUCCUCAGUCAAACUUAGCUCAGCAGCAACAACCUCAACAGGGUACAACUUUCCAGCCACCAGGGAUAAUGUAUUAUGGACCUCCACACCAUUCUUGAAGAAGUUAGAAGUUAUGUUAGUCUAUAUAGCUUUUAGAUAGCUGUGACCCUUUUUUUAUCUGCGGAUAUGUUGGGUUUUGAUUAUACAUGUUGCUCUUGUUGUAGAAACGUUGCUCUUGUUGUAGAAACGUUCACCUUUUCCCUUAUAAAUAUUUGUACUACAAGCUUUACAACGGCAUGUUUGUUUA